UAAUGAGAAACAGAUUUUCCUGUUAUUACUGUUUUUGGAUGAAUAAAAUCUUUUUCAUUUCAUUACAAUUAUUGCUUUAUGUUGAAAAAAUUACGAUAUCGAUGACACCCUUAACAGACCAUUUCUUUACAGGGCAGUUUGGAGUGUGCUCAAGCUCGGCAGAUUUUGCCUCUUUCCGGACGAAACCCUUCAGCUGUGAUAAGUGUUCCAAGUCGUACAUCAAUCGGGGUCACCUCAGAAGACACUUGGUCUACGAAUGCGGCAAACAGCCUCAGUUCCAGUGUCCUAUAUGUGCCCAUCGUUGCAAAUUGAAAGAAAACAUGAAAAAACACAUAGUCAUAAAACACGAUGGCAGGAAGUACGCUUGUCCCAAUAACUGUGGGAAAAUGUACUCAUACAAGAAAGGCCUGAAUCAGCAUCUGAAGUACGAGUGCGGCUUGAAUCCGAACUUCCAGUGCAACUUUUGCCACUUUCGCAGCAAAUUCAAAUUCAAUCUCACUAAGCAUAUAGCUGUCAAGCAUGGUCCAAAAUUCGACAUGAUUUUCGUCUAAAAAGUUCAGAUAUAGGUUUGCAGGAAAAAUAUGAAAACCAUAUGGAAAAUAUAGAAAUAAUUCCAAUUUCUCAUGUUGUUGACAAUAUUAUUGUUCUGGAAAUUCUUGAUUGUACUGGAAUGAAAAUGGAAAUCAAAGCUCGAAAUCUAAUCGAAGGAAAUCACAUUGAAAAAUGAUGCGCUCAAAUAUCUGUUGAAAUAGAUUCAGUAACUUAAGCGGCGUUUACACCAAAGUUAUUAACAAAUUGUUUAUUUCUCCAUCCUCAUAGAUUGUAUUAGAUUAAACAUAACUUAUCAUACACGUGAUGAACAUAUAUGUGUUUGUAAAGUUCCGUUCAAUCUAAUAGAAUCUAUAAGAACGGAAAAAUAAACAUUUUGCUACUGUAAUAACUUUGGUGUAAACUCAGCUUUAGUAACUUACAACAUUCGUUGCUUAAAUUUUACAGAACUUUUAUUCAAGAUUUAUGAUGUUAGUAAUUGUUUCAUAAUAAAAAUAUUACAAUGGGUUUCCUUGUUUCAUUUUUAUCAUCUACUCAUGUUGUGUGAUUGAUAAACUUUCUUCAGGUAAAUAUGCUACUAUUGAUUUCAAAUAUAAUAGUCCUAUUGUAGCUUGGGGGUACAAUGCUCCCAAUUUUUCUACAAAAAAAAAUAAUAAAAAAUCGUUAUUUAGGUUCUACUUAUAGGUUGGUGAAAUACCAUACCAGAAGCUGGUUUCAAAGAAAAAAAAAUACUUGGAAUUUACUGAAAAAUUUUCUCACGCUUCAAUGAUGGU